AUGCCUUCCUCCGACGUUCACAAGGGCCAGCUCCAGUCCGUUCUUCAGAGCAAGGGCAUCCGCUUCCACGUCAAGACUGGCGGUGCCAAGUACGAGUGCCACCUCCAGGACCGGUCUUCCUACGAGCGCGUCAAGGCCACCAGGACCAACUCUUCCGACUCCCAGGCCAGUUCCUCGUCCGCUUCGACCGCUAGCAGCAACCACUAG